AUGCCUAAUAAUAAAAAAAAAAAUUUAAUCAAUGAGGAAAUUGCUGCAGAAUUCCAGUGCGAUCGAAGCACAGUAUCAAAGAUCCUGAAGCAAAAACAAUGGUCUGAUAUAAGUGAAGUUUCAAAAAAUGCAAAUGCAUUUAAAACAACCAGUCCUAAAUUUCCUCAGAUUGAACAAGCCCUUGGAAUGUGGAUUGGUACUGCUGAGCAAAGGCAACUUAUUCUUACAGGAGAAGUAAUUCGCCAGAAGGCUCUUGAGUUUGCAGCAUUGUUAGGAGUUCCAGAAAGUGAUUUUAAAGCAUCUGAUGGUUGGUUUUCACGAUUCAAGGCUAGAAUGGGAAUCCGAAACCAUCGAAUUCAUAGAGAAGCAGAGAGUGACCCGAUAGAAUUUUUGCCCCAAUUUCGUGAAGAGCUAAAAGAUCUCUUAAAGUUAUAUGAACCCCAAGACAUUUUUAAUGCAGAUGAAUGUGGUCUGUUUUAUUGUAUGGAACCUAAUACUUCACUUCUAACAUCUGCACAAAAGGAUGUUACUGAAAAAAUCAAGCCUCUGGUUAUUAACAAGUCCCGUAUGCCAUUGGCAUUUCGCCAUGAAGGAAUUACAUCACAUAACCAACUUCCUGUUGAUUAUUAUCAUAAUGAAAAGGCGUGGAUGCGUCAAGAUAUUUUUAAG